GAGCAGGAGCAGGAGCAGGAUGGAGGAGGAGAACCAGGACCAGGAGGUCUCACAUGUUCAGAAACAGGAGGAAAGAGAGGGACUCAAACAUCACCGCUGUCAGCUCUGUGACAAAUCCUUCACAACAGCUGGAAGUUUAAAGAUACAUCUACGGGUUCACACUGGAGAGAAGCCGUACAGCUGUGAUCAGUGUGGGAAUUCUUUCACUCAGGCACGUCACCUGAGAAUGCAUGAACUCAUUCACUCUGGAGAGAAGCCGUACAGCUGUGACCAGUGUGGGAGAGCUUUCACUCAGGCAGGUAACCUGAAACAACAUCAACGCAUUCAUUCUGGAGAAAAACUGUACAGUUGUGAUGAGUGUGGGAGAGCUUUCAACAGCUCACAGAACCUGAGACAGCAUAAACGAAUUCACACUGGAGAGAAGCCGUACAGCUGUGACCAGUGUGGGAACACUUUCACCACUGCACAAGACCUGAAACGGCAUCAACGCAUUCACACUGGAGAGAAGCCGUACAGCUGUGACCAGUGUGGGAAUUCUUUCACUCAGGCAUGUCACCUGAGAAUGCAUGAACUCAUUCACUCUGGAGAGAAGCCGUACAGCUGUGACCAGUGUGGGAAAGCUUUCAAUCGGGCAGGUAACCUGAAACAACAUCAACGCAUUCAUUCUGGAGAAAAACUGUACAGUUGUGAUGAGUGUGGGAGAGCUUUCAACCGCUCACAGAACCUGAGACAGCAUAAACGAAUUCACACUGGAGAGAAGCCGUACAGCUGUGAUCAGUGUGGGAAUUCUUUCACUCAGACACGUCACCUGAGAAGGCAUGAACUCAUUCACUCUGGAGAGAAGCUGUACCUCUGUGACCAGUGUGGGAAUGCUUUUGCCACGGCAUGUAACCUGAAAAAACAUCAAUAUGUUCAUACUGGAGAGAAACCGUACAGCUGUGACCAAUGUCAGAAAACCUUUGUCUCCACAGAUAAUCUAAAAUGCCACCGACGUGUUCACACUGGAGAGAAACCGUACUGGUGUGAACAAUGUGGGAAAACAUUUUCACAAAGUAAUUCCCUUGAUUCUCACCGACGUGUUCAUAAUGGGGAGAAACCGUACUGUUGUGAAAUAUGUGGGAAAAAGUUUUCCUGGAUUGGUACCCUUAAAAUACAUCAGUGCACUCACACAAAGUCUUCUUAAGUGUUUUUAGAGCCACGCCAGCUUUUUCUUCAUGCCUCCUCUCCAUGUACUAUGUUGUUAUAUUCUUCUCUCUGAAACUAAAGAAUGACAGCAGUAACUGAGUCUGACUGAGGUGGUUUGAUCCAGAUCCACUCAUAAACAGAGACACAAAAACAUUCCAGAGUUCAAACUCAGACUGAACUAACCUUUAUUCUUUAGAAAUUCUGACAAAAUCAAAAUCUCAUUGUGAACAUGAUUAGAUUUAAUUGUUUUUUUCCAGUCAAGGUGAUUGUUGCUGUUGAACCUGCAUCCUGUCAGAGUUUUAAUAAUCUUGUUUUUUAUAUUCUCAUUAAAUGUUUGUACAUAAAGAAAAGCUAUGAUUCGUCGUUUCAAACUGUUAAUCCAUUAAUCUGUGUUUGUUGACCUGUUGUUGUUAUUGUCAUUCUCAAUUCAAACAUGAUCAUUAUAAUUACACUGCGUUCCAAAUUAUUACGCAAAUUGUAUUUAAGUGUCAUAAAGAUUACAUUUUUUGUUUUUCAAUUAAACUCAUGGAUGGUA